AUGGCUGCCUCCAAAAGCAGUGUUAGCGACGGAAUUCCAGACACCAUUAACGUGAGCUUUUACAUCGCGUCGUUUCACUCAAUCUCAGAAAGUGAUAUGGAUUGGUCCUAUACCAUAUAUUUUCGGCAGCGUUGGAACGACCCACGAUUACGUCACAACGCCAGCAAGCCACUGACAUUGGAUAAUUCUGCCCGUGAUAGUCUCUGGGUCCCGGAUACAUAUUUUAUGAAUGCUAAAAAAGAACAACUGCAUUCAACCCCAAAGGAAAAUUCGCAAUAUACGGUUUACGGCAAUGGUGACGUCUAUUACAGUAUCCGAAUGAGUUUAACAUCGUCAUGUAACAUGGACCUUAUACGUUUUCCAUUUGACACGCAGGAAUGCAGAGAACGCGUGUCUUCAUAUGCAUUUGCGAAUGAUGAUAUCGUCAUAGCUUGGGCUGUUGUAGAUCCUAUUUUAAUGAAUGAGGACGUCCGUACCCCGCAGUACUAUAACCCUACGUGGUAUCUACAGGAGGGAAACUACGAAGCAGACACAGGAAAUUUCAGUUACAUACAGAUGACCUUUGUCCUAAAACGUCAACUGGGCUUCUACAUGCUCCAAGUAUACAUCCCAAGUACCGCGUUGGUUAUCAUAGCGUGGCUGACGCUGUGGAUCGACGCGUCGGUAUCGUCCCCAGCAAGAGCAGCCCUCGGAAUUACAACGGUCCUUGCGUUGAUUACGCAGGCCAGUUGGCUUAGAAGCGAGAUACCAAAAGUUGCCUACGUAACCGCGUUGGAUGUGUGGUUAGUCACGUGCCAAUUGAUAGUAUUCCUUAUCCUGUUGGAGUUCACGUUCAUAUAUUAUCUGAAUAAACUGAGUGGCCGCCGUACGGCCAGUGGUGGUUCAGUACACAGCAGACAUAUGGAGUUUCCUACCAAUCAAAAGGUCGACACACGCGUCGAGUUAUCACCGAGUGAUGAACAGGCGUCAGCAGUUUGGCAAAGAAAUGGAACGCAGUAUCAGUGUGAGACUUCUGUCAACAGAAGAUUUCCCAGAAAAGAGCGUCUGUACUACAAGCUUUCUCAAUUGACCGACAAAUAUUGCCGCGUCAUAUUCCUAGGAUUAUUUCUACUUUUCAACAUUUCAUAUUGGUUAACCUAUAACUGGAUGCCUUCAUAG